AGUUACUUUACUCCACUGUGGGUGACAGGUUAUGGAACUUUCGAAGGUGAUAGGUGACACUCAAUAUCAGACUAUUCACCAUCUCAUGGGUGUCUAUCUUGUUGGAUUCAUAAGCAGUCUCUCGGCAGCCAUCUUUUACUGCAUCUAUUUGCUGCUGACUCAAAAGUCUCCUACCAUUGAACACUUCAAUUUUUUGUGUGUAUUUGGAGCUUUCCACUGGCUCCCUUUCACUAUCUUUGCAUAUGUCACCAUGAUUGGAUCCACAUCUUUAGGUCCAUUGAGCUUUGCCAUGUCAGUUGCCACUGCAUACUUAGCUCACGGCUUGAUACUCAGUUUGAUUACCUGCUUGAUGAACCAUUCCAUGUCCAGAAAUCAAGGAACAAAACAAACAUACCUGAGAAUGUGGCUUCGUCACAGAAUUAACAUAUCGUGCCAUCUUAGAUUUACAAAGCUCCUUUCAGGAACUGAAGCGUUUUGCAUAUACCUGAGGCUACUGGGUGCCAAAGUCGGAAAGUAUUGUUCCAUUAGAGCCAUUAACCCUGUUUUAGAACCCAAACUGGUAUCAAUCGGUAAUGGUGUCCAUUUAGGUGACUUCAGCAGGAUUAUCACUGGUUUCUAUUCCUCCGAUGGUUUCAGAAGUGCAAAAGUUGAGGUACGGGAUAAUGUAGUACUUGGGAGCCAGAGCCUUGUCCUCCCUGGUUCUAUUAUUCAGGAGGAUGUAAUUAUUGGAGCGCUUUCAGUUGCUCCAGUCAAUUCAGUGCUCCAACAUGGUGGUGUCUAUAUUGGAUCUCAAAGUCCUAUCAUGAUAAAGAACACAAUGCAUGAGUUGGAUGAGCGUAUAGAAGAAAUGGACAUAAAGUAUAAGAAGAUUGUCGGAAAUCUGGCUGCGAAUUUGGCUGCAACAACUCUUAAGGUUAGAACAAGAUAUUUCCAUCGAAUUGGAGUGAGUGCAAAGGGAGUACUAAAAAUAUAUGACAACAUUGAAGGGUUUCCUGAUCACAAUAUUUUCCAGCCUGGGCAGAGUUACCCUGUUAUAGUUCGACACAGCAAUAGCUUGAGUGCCGAUGAUGAUGCAAGGAUUGAUGCUCGUGGAGCAGCCAUAAGAAUAUUUUCACAUAAAUCAGAUCACGAAUCCCCACUCCUGGACUUGACUCUGAAAACAGGCAAGGCAUUUUAUGCCCGUACAAUUUCUGAUUUUGCAACGUGGCUUGUGUGUGGGCUACCAGCAAGAGAAGAACAUGUGAAGCGUGCCCCUCAUAUCCGAGAUGCAGUGUGGAUGUCCCUUCGCCAUGCAAACUCAUUUCCCGAACUUCAUUAUUAUUCAAAUAUAUGCAGACUCUUCAGAUUCACUGAUGGACAGGAGAUGUAUGUGAAAUUCAAGCUGCGACCUUCUGAUGAGACAAUUAGUGAAGACUCCGGUAAGGUUGAGCCCAUUGGAAUCCUUCCUCCAGAAACAGGUGCAAUUCCAAGGGACAAUAACGACAGGCGUCCUCUGCUUUUCCUUGCCGAAGAUUUUCAGACACGCGUGAGUUCCCCAGGCGGGGUUCGCUAUGUUUUCCAGCUUCAGUUCCGGCCUGUACCUCGUGAUGAAGGCACACAAGAUGUUGCACUCGAUUGCACCAAACCAUGGGAUGAGGAUGAGUUCCCAUUUGUAGACUUUGGGGAGAUUACCAUCAAUCAGAACAUGACAAAAGAACAAUCAGAGGAGCUGGAAUUUAAUCCCUUUCUGCAAUGCCAUGAGGUUGAUGUUAUCCGGGCAACAUCCGCCUCCCAAAGUGCAUCAAUUGACCAUGGUCGUUCAUUGAUAUAUGACAUUUGCCAGCAUUUGAGAAAUAACGAGCCACUUCCACAGGCCUGGAGAGCAUUCAUAGAGCAAUCAGAUGUCAAAGUAGACCUCUCAAGCUGCCCGGUUGCAGCAAUGUCAAAGAGAGGAAAUUCUAGUGAAGUGACUCUAGCAAGGACUUGGUUUCAAACUUCAUGGGCCAUCUACAUGCAACCCUUGCUUCAGACAUUUUUGCCUUACUUCCUCAUGGCAUAUGUAAUUUCUGGUCCUCUAAAUUGGAUACUAUCUGCUAAGGAGACCAUGAAAUAUCCACUGCAGUGGUUGCUUCCUUUCUUUUGGGUUUUAUCAGGCAUAUGGGCAGCACUGGCUUGUGUUGUAGCAAAAUGGAUUUUGGUUGGAAAGAAGAAAGAUGGUGGAACAGCACUUAUCUGGAGCAAAUCAAUUUUUAUGGAUACAGUAUGGCAAGCAUUUAAGACCUUGGUGGCGGACUAUUUCAUGGAUAUGACUGGUGGAUCAAUCUUCUUCGUGCUUUGGAUGAAACUCAUGGGUUCGGAUAUUAACUUAAGUGAAGGUGUUUAUGUAGAUAGCAUGGGAGCUGUCUUGAAUCCCGAAAUGGUAGAAAUAGAGAGAGGUGGAUGCGUAGGGAGAGAAGCUUUGCUUUUUGGACACAUAUAUGAAGGAGAAGGAGGGAAAGUCAAGUUUGGGAAGAUUAGAGUUGGAGAAGGUGGAUUUGUAGGGAGUAGAGCUGUUGCUAUGCCUGGAGUUAUAGUAGAGGAUGGUGGUAGUCUUAAUGCUCUAUCCCUUGCCAUGAAAGAAGAAGUUGUAAGAUCAAAGUCACACAAUUGAUGACUUCUCUUUUACAUAGAGAAGUUGAGCUGGUACUGGUCUAGCGAAUAAAUUAUCAGCCUUCGAAUACUAAUCAAUAAUAAUCUUUAUAGGAAUUUCUCUCUGUGUACAUAUGUGACAGUCCAAGUGUGCAGGUGCCCAUGCCAGUGCAUGUGCAGGCGUGUUUAGAUCCAACAAAAUAGAACACAAUUACAACGAAAAUCCUCCCUUUACAAUGUUGGUGGGAUCCUCCAAAGUGGACUUGAGAAUACAUGUAAACGAAAUAACAGCUAGAAAAUAGUAGACCGGAGCUAAAUUACAAUCUGCUUCACACCACAUUAUAAAUAUUGCUUUCCUUAAGACAUUAUUUGCCCCUAUUAAACCAUGAUGCACUCGAGAAUGAAAAUACACCAUCAAGAUUCAAUGAAGCCAUUAAUACGUGCAUGCAUUUUGCACACACGAAGACAACCCUAAUACCAAAGAAUAACAAAUUAUAUACUCGAAGUUCAUACUAUAAUCAUCAACUCUUUCUGACUCUUCUUUUUUACCCUCCACCAUAUGAACUAUUGUGGAUUGAUCUAUGUAUUCCUCAGAAUUAUUCUUUCUGAAUUCCUCCUCUAUACGGAGCUAGCUACCCUAAUCCUCAAUGGAUAUGUUAUCUUUCUGGUGCUUAAGACUCUUCUUAUAACGAAGAGUGUUUAUGAUGAUGAAAGAAACGACAAAUGAUUCAUCCAUAUUCAUAAUAUGUUGUUGAAACUGAUUACACACGUGCACAAUUUCAUGAAAUUGCUACAUUCCUUUCUACGAUCUACCAUCCUUUAUAGAUGAAUUUAGAGGCUAGAAGCUUCUUACCUGUGGCAUCUUCCGACAUAUAUUUGGCAUCGGAUACAUCUAAUAUCUCCUUUGCAGUUUCUUGCUAUGACAUUCGUCAUCAGAGUAUCAAACAUUGCGUUGCAAUUGUGCCCUUCAAAAUGUAAUCAUCUUGAUCCGACAUUCCGACUUUUGCCUUGCCCUUGUAAAUGUCAAUGGUUCAUUUCCGUAUUUUCCGGCCUUGAAGUUGUAAACACGUGGUACAGCUAAAGUGUUAAACCACCGGCUACUCAGUUAUCAGACUGCUGUCAUUUCCACCAUGUAAUAGAGUUCCUAAGUUGUGAAGUGAUAUCAUAGAAAAGGAACCACCUCUACUGGGAAUACUACAAUUUUGUGUGGACUAUGUAGAAAGCAUGAAGUUCUUUUUGCCAUUACCAGACUAGAUUAGACACUACUAUCCUGCAUUGACGCGUUUCCCCUCCAAUCAAUCCCGAUGCAGCAUAUCGUCGAACAAGUUGUAGGCAACUUGGUAACAGGACGCAAUAUCUCCCGACUCUUACUCCUAUUUACGUUGCUAAUUCAACAGUUGCAUCCCUUCGCUAUCAUUGACAAAUUACAGUUGGGAUUCUAUGUCUAGUAUACCAAAGAAUUUGCGAAGAAAUGCAAGUGUACUCUUUCGAAGAAUAUUAGAAUACUGUAAUUUCCCAUUUGUUGCCUACCAUAGGAUAUUAGGAUAUAUAAAAUAGAGUUCACGUCUUGUCCGGACUUGAUACCGUUACAAAUAAUUUGCCCUAUUUG